AUGAGCCCUGCACAGGACCCAGAGUAUGAGCUGGAGAGACUGGAGAUCCCGGCUGAGCUGUCUGCUCUGCUGAAGACGGCUGAAGGUCGUCAGCACGUCAUAGCCAAAAGCAUCACAGAAGCCCUGCCCCCAGAGGUCACAGCCCAGGAACAACUGGCUCUCCCUCCUGACAUUGAUAGAUUCCCCUUUUCCAGAUUCAUCUCUGAAAACUUUCAGAAGCCAACCCUGCCCACUCCAGGACAGCCCCUGACAUCACCUCUGACUCACCUGGAUGGGAUAAGCCCUCAGCACGCCCUGGAUGUCAACAAAGUGAUGUUACGGCUCCUGGGUGACCUAUCGCUUCAGUCCUGGGAGGAACAGACCAUGGGCACAUAUUUGGCCCAACAGGGGCAGCGCCACCCCGCCCUGAGGAAUGAGAUCUUUUGUCAACUUGUGACCCAGCUGUGGCACAACCCAGACCAACAGCAGAGUCAUCGAGGCUGGGCACUCAUGGCUAUUCUGCUCAGUGCCUUCACCCCAACAUUGACCCUUCAGAAGCCAUUGCUCAAGUUUGUGUCUGACCAUGCUCCAAAUGGUGUUGCAGCUGUGUGCCAGCACAAACUCUUGGGGGCGUUGCAACAGUCCCAGCCAGCAGUCAACACUGUUCGUGCCUACCCACCUACCCAGCUGGAGUGGAUUUCAGGCUGGCGGUGUGGACGUAUGACCCUGGAUGUCUUCACCUUCAGUGAAGAGUGCUACUCAGCAGAAGUCAAAUCCUGGACCACAGGUGAAGAGUUUGCUGGGUGGAUCCUACAGACCAGGGGCAUAGAGCAGCCUAUCCGAGGCUGGUCAGUAUCUCUGCUCUCUGGAGAUUCCUGGAAGGAUUUGGGCGGCUGUGACUUUGUGCUGGAUCUGAUUGGACAGACUGAGGACUUACGGGACCCCAGUGCCCCUGGCAGCUACCCCAUCACCUCCCACAAUGUGACUUCUGAAGACAUCCCCCUACCCCCAGGGUUCCAGGCUCCUCCCUUGGCUCCAGGGCCACCUCCAGGUGCUGCUCCCACACUGCCUCAAAGCAGCUAUACAAAGGAAGCCCAGAGCCCUAGAAGCUUGGAUGGUUUCCUGGAUAACCUUUUUGAGCCUGUGCUCUCCUCAGGGUCCAGGCAGGAUCUGGAACAAGCCAGGGCACUGAACAGCCGAAUGAAAGGUGGUGGAGGCAUUGGGACUCAGCAAGGAGGCUACCCCAUGACAUACCCAGGGAUGAUGCAGAUGCCAGGCUACCAACCUGCCAUGGGGGCAAUGAUGCCAGCACCUGUGCCACUUGUGCCAGCAAUGCCACCCGUACCUUCAAUGGGUGGGAUCCCAGCCAUGCCAGGCAUGAUGAUGCCAUCCCAGCCUCAGCCCGUGGUACCCACGCUCAGUACCAGACAGCUGGCUGCACAGCAGCAGAGCUUUAUCAACCAGCAGGCCAUGAUCUUGGCUCAGCAAAUGACCGCCCAGGCCAUGUCUCUUUCCCUGGAGCAGCAGGCCCAGCUCCAGCACCUGACCCACAGGUCCACAUCUGCAUCCCAGCCCACUCCAAGCACUCCCAAACCCAAGAAGUCCACAGCUGUUGUCAGCAAAAGCUCACCUGCACCCAAGGCAGAGCCCCAAAGGAGCCUACAACCGGUAGAGAUUCCAGAAGAUAUUGAGGAGGAACUGAUGCACCCCAAUACCUUCCAGGAGAAACGAGAUUAUUUCCAAAAGAUAGGGCAAGAACCUAUUCGAUUGAAGAAGGUGAAGCCACCUGCAAAGGUGCGCAUCCCCCAGAGGGAGUUAGAUCAGGAAGAGGAGGACGAGGAAGAGGAGGAGGAAGAAGAAGAGGAGAAAGAAAUCAAGGCACCUUCUCCUCCUCCUCCUCCCCCUCCCCCAGUGGUCAAGAAACCACUUAAAAAAAAGAAGGGAGGAGACAAACCUAAGAGUGAAGAUGGUGCUGGAGCCAAAGCAGGAGAUGAAGCUAAAACUGCCAUUAACCCAGGAGCCAAAAGCCAAAAGGAGAAUAGGGAAAGGCCUCCAGGUACUGUGGUACGAAGCUCAAAACCAGCCCACAAACUAGAAGAACCCAGUAAAGAAAUUCGUAACAUCAUCAAGAUGUACCGGAGCCGCCCUGCACCAGUGCCUGAACCAAUACUGCCCACCAGGAAUCCUCCAAAGCAUUUCUUAAAGAAGAAUGACCCCAAGGAUGAGGCCCUGGCCAAACUGGGUCUUAAUGGCAAUCAUCUGCCUCCUUCGCCAUCAGCUCUGGGCCCUAGGAAGGACUCACCACCACCGGUUGCAGAUCGGCCCAAGUCCUCCAUCUCCUUUGAACCUUCUAGCUCCAUCAAAGAGAAGCAGAGACCCCUGAAGGAUCUGUUUGCCCCAGUUCAAUCCGUGACCUCGAUUCCUCAGCCUCUGUCACCUCCACCUCCACCUCCACCUCCACCUCCACCUCCGCUUUCUCCCCCAUCAGAGAGCCCGGCCUCACCUCGUUCAGACCCAGUUCUGUCCAUGGGGGAUGGACACAUCAGCACCCAGCUGCUUCGUGCCUCAAGCAGUGUUUCCUUUGCUUAUGUCAGUGCCACUUGGAGGCUGUUUCUUCGAAAAGAGGUGUUCUACCCCCGAGAGAGCUUCACUCACCCCUACUGUUUGAGACUUCUUUGUGAACAAAUCCUACGUGACACCUUCGCUGAGUCCUGUAUUCGAAUCUCCCCACAUGAACGGAACAAGAUGAAGGAUAUGCUAGCGGACUUGCAGGUGGGCGUGGAUGCUAGUUCCAUCACUGAAGACAGUAUCAAGAAGAGAAUCGUGGUAGCUGCCCGGGACAACUGGGACAAUUACUUCUCUCGAAUCUUCCAUGUUUCGGGGGAGAGUGGCAGUGAUGUACAAUUUCUGGCUGUGUCUCAUUGGGGCCUUCGCCUGCUCAAAGCUGUGAACAAUGCUACCUUCCACACAGACCACCUCAAGACCCUCCGCAGCUACAGUUUUGCAGAAGUCCUGGAGGUAAAGGACCAAGGACAUGGCAUUCUCCAACUGUGCCUGAGGAAUGAGCAACUAAUGUUGCACACAACUCAAGCCCAGACAAUCAAGUCCAUGGUGGAGUUGUUCUUGAAUGAGCUCAAAAAAGACUCAAGCUAUGUUAUUGCCCUCCGGAGCUAUGUCACUGAUGACCGAAGCCUCCUGAGCUUCCGCUGUGGAGACAUCAUUAAGUUGCUGCCCAUGGCCUCCCUAGAGCCAGGGUGGCAAUUUGGCUCCAUUGGGGGUCGAUCUGGGCUCUUUCCUUCUGACAUGGUGAAAGUGACUGCUGCGCCUGACUACCUCCACUUCCCCAAGGAGCAGAGGGAUGCGGGGCAAAGGAGUCUUCCAAGAGGAGAACCAGGAUUGUCUAAAGAGAACCAGGCCACGGAGUGUGAACACACCCACACCCAGGCACCCAGUGAGUCCUCUGUGGUGACCAGCUCUGUCUUCACGGAUGUCCACUCUGCUCUGGAUGCUAGUACCAACACUUACACCAUGUGGGAGUAUGCCCUGAAGUACUUCCGGCCAACACAGACCUCGAAGGGCUGGAUGGUGAUGUCAAAAAAUCAUGCCAGAAGCCUGGUGCAACAUACCAAGGCUCCCAUCCAGCAAUCUCUUACCAACUUAAUCGACGAGGAUAUGAACAAGCUAGCCGUGGAGAACUUCAGGGCUGUGAUGCAAUUUAUGGGCGAUAAGCCCAAGAAGAAAGAUGAGUUGGACAUACCAUUUGAGAUGCUGAAGCUGUGCCGGAAAAACGCCUUGAAAGAUGAAAUUUACUGCCAGCUCAUCAAACAGGUCACAGAGAACCCCCAACAGGAACACUGCAUUCGGGGAUGGCACCUCCUUAAUCUCCUCACCGGUUACUUCCUUCCCUCACCCACCCUGAUGCCCUAUGUCACCAAGUAUCUGCAGGAUGCUGCCUCCAGUCAAGAGUUGGCCCAGAAAUGCCAAGAACAUUUACAACACACCGUCAAAUAUGGAGGUCGCCAGCACCUGCCCACCGCAGGCGAGAUGAAAGCCUUCCUGAAGGGGCAGACGAUUCGACCGCUUUCGCUCCACCUGUCUGGAGGUAUGGAAUACAAGACAGUCAUCCAGACCUUCACGGUGGUGACGGAAGUGGUGGAGGAGACGUGUAGACAGAUGGGCAUCAGAGAACCCCUGGAGAUGCAAGAGUUUGCCAUCUUCCUCAAGGAGAAAGGUCUACUGGUGAGGCCUCUGUACCUCAACGAGUACCUCAACGAUGUGCUACGAGAAACUGGUGUGGAGCUGCACAGUCGCCGCCUCACCUGGGACACCCCGCUGCAUUAUGAAAAUGACAUCUACAUCAACAUGCACUACGGCCAGGUACAUCAGGAUUACUUGCAGGGAAAGCUGUUGAUCAGCACCCAACCCCAAGUCGAAGCUCUACUGGCUCCUCUGGCGGCCCUGCAGCACCUGAGCAGAGAGAGCAUCAAUCUGUCUUCUAAGCAGGAUCUACUGAGAUACGUCCCACAGCCACUACAGCAGCGGGUGAAUUUGAGUAUCUUGGAGAAUUUGGUGAAGAGCCAGCUGAGGGAUUUGACAUAUAGCCACAGAGAAGCACAUGUCAACUUCAUUGAGGCUGUGAGACACCUUCCUCUCUUUGGUUAUAUGGUGUUCAGUGUGCUUCGGGUGAGCGAGCCAACGAUAGUCACCCCCUGCUUACUGGGCCUCAACCAUCGGCACCUCAUCUUGGUGGAUCCUAGUUCUCAGGAACAGUGCUAUUCCAUCACUCUGAAAGACAUACAGAAAUUACGUCAGCUCGGUCCCCUGGACAAUAUCCCAGGGUUGGAGCUCUACUAUGGAUCUUCUGCCAAUCCCAAGACCAUCUGGUUCGAGUUGCCCCAGGCCCAAGAGUUACAGCACACCCUCAUCUUCUUAAUGGAGUACAGUACCUCUCCCUAG